CUUUGAACAAGCCCAAGGAGCAUCCUCGCAACGGUCGUUUACCUUCAUCCCCGAGAAGCAACCUGCAAACGAUCAAGAUGGUUCUGUCAGGAGUAAGGCCCGCCGGCAUGGCCACAGUCUGCAAGCUCAUGAAGGCGCAAGGCGCCCCUGUUCUUUCUAGGGGUUACGCUGUGUCCGCUGGGUCUGGUCUUUACGACAAGACCGCCAUGAACAUGUUGAUCAACAAGCACACCAAGGUUCUCACGCAGGGUUUCACGGGAAGGCAGGGUACUUUCCACUCCCAGCAAGCCAUCGACUACGGAACGAACGUCAUUGGUGGUGUCAAUCCCAAGAAGGCCGGAACCACCCACCUUGGUCUGCCCGUUUUUGCCUCGGCAAAGGAGGCUAUGCAAGAAGCGAAGCCCGAUGCCUCCGUCAUUUAUGUCCCACCACCAGGCGCGGCUGCGGCCAUCAUUGAGGCUAUUGAGGCUGAGAUUCCUUUGGUUGUCGCCAUCACCGAGGGUAUCCCUCAACAGGACAUGGUCCGCGUGAUGAAGGUGUUGAAGAACCAGGACAAGACCCGUCUCAUCGGUCCCAACUGCCCUGGUAUCAUCAAGCCUGAGGAGUGCAAAAUCGGUAUCAUGCCCGGACACAUCCACAAGAAGGGAAAGAUCGGAAUCGUCUCCCGAUCCGGAACCUUGACAUACGAGGCCGUCGCUCAAACAACUGCCGUCGGACUGGGUCAAUCUCUUUGCAUCGGUAUUGGUGGUGACCCUUUCAACGGAACCAACUUCGUUGACUGCCUGACCUUGUUCCUCAACGACCCCGAGACGGAAGGUAUCAUUCUCAUUGGAGAAAUUGGUGGUUCCGCUGAGGAGGAGGCUGCGGAAUUCUUGGUGAAGCACAACCAGUCCCGGGCGAACCCCAAGCCCGUCGUCUCGUUCAUUGCCGGACGUACUGCUCCACCUGGAAGGCGGAUGGGUCACGCUGGUGCCAUCAUCGCCGGUGGAAAAGGUAAAGCGGAAGACAAGGUUGCUGCUCUCGAGGCCGCUGGCGUUCAUGUUACCCCAUCCCCCGCCCAGCUCGGUGUCUACAUGGAGCGGGCCAUGAAGGAAGCCGGACUCGCAUAAGUUCUAUGUUGAAACCCUACUCCCGAUACCAACGGAGGAGAACGCAACAUCCGUUACUCCCGUCUCCCAUCAAAUCCAGGAUAAUAGCCGUAAAAAGGAAACCCGCAUUUACCAGAUCCUGUUCGGUUCAAUUGAUCUCUUCCCUUCUAUCUACGUUCCGCCUAUCAUGUUAUAUUAGAGAUUGAAAAAAAAACUCAUAUUGCAUCGUCCUUGCGUGAUUCCGGCGCUGAUUGUGAUUCGCCUCAUUACGCAGUUGCUGUGCCCAGAU